AUGGCGGCCAGUCUCAUCUACGUCACAGCCUUAACAAAUCGCUUCAAUCAAGCUGCGGGUGUCUCUCCUUCUUCGACCCUAAUCGCGUUCGGCUCCUCCGGAUCGGUCGCGUUAUGGGAACUUGAGGAUUCCGAGGACACUGGGGUAUCGGAGACCCUGCCAGGAAAACAAGGAUUGAUAACCUGUGUCAAGUUUCUUGCAGACGAUAUAUUGCUCUCUGCGAACGAUAUGGGAAGCCUUAGUGUCUGGAGACGAGAAGAAUCCCAGGCAGGCAAGGGCUCCUUAAUCUUUAUUCAAGAGACUGACGCGACUCCUCUUUCAGUGGACGAUCGCUUCGACCACGUUAUUGUUACUGGGGCCUCAGACUCGCUGGUGAAGAUAUGGAAAUUGAGUGAUGUCUCUGGAAAUGUGGAAAUCACUGAAUCGCAAACGAUCAAUCUGAAGGGCAAGUUGCCCCUGGUAUCGGCUCUAAGCAGUCUUCCUCAAACCAAUGCGUUACUCUUAGCAAUCGCCGGAACAGACGCCAAAGUUCAGGUUUGGGUCCGUUCAGAUGACGCUUUCGUACACUCUGCUACCUUAGCUGGCCACGAAGACUGGGUCCGUGGUCUUGCCUUCAAGGCUCCACAGGCCCAGGAAUUCCCUUUGGUCCUGGCUUCUGGAUCCCAGGAUGCCACCAUCAGACUGUGGAACAUUGAGCCUUGGAAGAAAACGACAGAUACGAAAACAGGAACUUCUACCGACCUCAUUGAUGAAUUACUAGAUAGUUUCGAGGCGUCUCUGGGGGAUCUUGGGGAGAAUGAGGAGGGAGGAAAGCAAAUAUCACUCAAGCAUCACGUCUUGACUAUAAAGACAGGUGCAGAAAGCCCUCAGCAAUUCUCCGUCACCUUUGAUGCCCUGCUUAUCGGACAUGAAGCCGGAGUUACCUCACUUACCUGGAGUCCAGCUGGAUCUUCCACUCCGACUUUGCUGUCAACAUCCACUGAUUCAUCUGUAAUCCUUUGGUCUCCCUCAACGAUUCUCAACACCUCGGGUGACAGUUCCUCCUCAAUUUGGAUCAAUCGGCAACGCUUUGGAGACGUUGGUGGCCAAAGACUUGGCGGGUUUGUUGGCGGGUUAUGGGCAAAGGGCGGCAAUGACGCUUUAGCUUGGGGGUGGGCUGGAGGCUGGAGGCGAUGGAGAUGUGAUUAUCCUGGUGUUGCAAGCGAGUCUUGGAAUGAGAGGGGAGCCAUUACAGGGCACAAAGGUCCUGUCAAAGGUCUUGAUUGGAGCCCUGAUGGCAAAUACCUCAUUUCAGCAGGUUUAGACCAGACCACACGAAUACAUGGGCCUGUGCAUAUGCCCGGAACAGAUAAGAUAUCUUGGCAUGAGAUCGCCCGGCCGCAAGUCCACGGUUAUGACUUACUGGAUGUUGUCUUCAUAUCACCCUUGAGAUUCGCCAGUAUUGCCGAUGAGAAGGUUGUUCGCGUGUUUGAGGCUCCUCGGAAUUUUGUCGAGUUGGCAGUGAAGCUUGAUGUUGCACAGUUUACUGAACAAGAGCAUGAGAGACCGUUAGGCGCUAAUGUGCCCCCUCUCGGACUAUCCAAUAAAGCCACAAGCGAAGGUGCUCAAGAACUUGUUGGAGGAUCUGAUUACUCAAGGCGGCCGUUCGACAGCGAACUGGCUUCUGUGACGCUAUGGCCCGAAACAGAGAAGAUAUUUGGACAUGGCUACGAGUCCAUCACCCUUGGUAUCUCGAAUUCAAGAAAGCUAAUAGCAACAGCAUGUAAGGCUACCAGUGCUGAACAUGCUGUUGUUCGGGUGUAUGACAUUACGAACUUCACUCUGGUGGGGCAGCCUCUGCAAGGGCAUGUAUUGACGGUUACACGGAUUGCAUUCAGCCCGGAUGAUAAGCACAUCCUGACUGUUUCGAGAGAUCGCUCCUGGCGUCUAUUCAAGCAGCAGGCAGAAGGGUAUUUACCUGCUGCUGCUGAUAAGUCUCAUGGACGAAUCAUUUGGGAUUGUGGGUGGUCAGCUGAAGGAGACGUUUUCGCCACUGCCUCGCGAGACAAAACGGUUAAAAUUUGGAGAUGUGUGGACCGAAAAUGGAAGGCCGCCAAUACCAUCAAAACGCCACAACCUGCGACGGCUGUUGCAUUCUCGCCGGAGAACGCACAGAACAGGUAA